AUGGUGGUAUCUGAUUUUGCGAAUGGUCUGCGAAAUAUAUGGCCUUUCUCAAUACUCGAAGGCAGUGACCUGAGGGAAUCGAACAAGCUUGUUCAGAGACUCUCAGUGCCUGAGAGUACAAAGAAUUUUGUGUUUGCAGUCAGAGUCCCUGAGCAUGAUUCGACUAUUUACAUACUCUCUGCUCAGAAUCUAUCUCAGAGAUCCGCUAGUGACGCCGAGUGUCUUAUACGGGAGAUACGGCCUGGCGCUGUAGUGGCUCAAGUGGACAAGUCAGCUUUUGGAGAAGCUCAAGUCGAGGAGAGUGUUUUAGAAGGUGGCUCGAGUGAUUCGAUUCCCACAUCAGCUUUUAGAGUUCUUAAGCAGUGUUUUGUAGACAAGGUUAACAAAGAAAAGUACGAGAGUGUUGCAGGGAUCUUGGUUUUGAAGGAGAUUUUCGGGACGAGUUUUAACGGUCAUUUAUUGGCUGCCAAACGUGUGGCUAAGGAGGUUGGUUCGUCGUUUAUGUUACUGGAAUCUCCUUUUGUCAUAUCACUCAGCUCGGUAAAGAGCUUAGACCAUCAGCUUAGACCAUCAAGUUGUGUUGUUGACAGUAAUGAGAUACAGUUUGAUAGUCAUGAGGUUCCACCGUUUGCUCAAUCCAUUUACUCCUUGCUUGUUGAUCUCCACGACAUUUUUAUUGAUCUCCCAUCUAUUAGGAAGUCUCUGAACAAUGCUAGAAAGAUGUUGUCUGAUGUAAAUAAAGGUGAAUCCAUGGAUACUGGAGUUAUCUCUGAAGUUUACCUUUUCCAGAUUGCAGUUGAAGGUCUAAGAAUUGCGUUGAACAAUGCUGGUCGGAAAGCGAGUUCAAGAAGAAGAGAAGUUCAGUUUUCGCAGCUCUCUUCUGAGGAGAAAUCUUAUGCACUUAUGGCAGAUCUUCUCCGUAGCCAGGCUCAGAAGUUUAAGAACAUAGUAGCAGUAGUGGAUGCAAGUAACCUCGCAGGUCUUAGGAAGCACUGGAACACUUACGUUCCUCAAGAAGUGAGAGACAUGUCGGAGCAUAUGGUACAGGAUUUUGACAGCGACGAGAGUGGUAAUGAUUCGAAGCUUAAACGGCUGUUAUCUGACAAACCGGUGGUAGCAGUUGGUGCAGGAGCAACUGCUAUAUGGGGUGCUUCAUCACUAUCCAAGGCCAUUUCUGCUUCUCCGUUCUUCAAGCUCUUAACUUUCAAAGCUCCAGCUUCAUUGAACCUUUUCUUGACGCAUACCCACAAGGUGAUGACGUUUGCAUUUACCAAAGUGGCGUAUCCAUCGAAAGUGAUGGCCCCUGGUUUGGCUAGCUCUGGAGCGAAAUCGACAUCUUUGAUGAAAGCAUCUUUAUCCGCCGAGAAAAUCAGAGCAGUGACACAGAGUAUUAUAGCUUCUGCUGAAAAGACGAGCUUAUCUGCCAUGAGAGCUGCGUUCUAUGAGAUAAUGCGGAAGAGACGAGCGAAACCUAUUGGUACCUUACCAUUGGCAGCGUUUGGAGCCAGUCUUGCGACUUGUGCGGGACUGCUCGUUUAUGAAGACGGGAUCGAAUGUGCUGCUGUGUCUCUUCCUUCAGCUCCUUCGAUUGCAAAAUUGGGUCGAGGGAUUCAAAACUUGCAUGAGGCGUCUCUGGAAGUGAGAAGAACAGAGAGCAACAGGAUACAUAACGCAAUAGAGACUCUUAGACAAAGGCUGAAGAAAUUCACGCUUCGAUGA